AUGUCGUAUAAUCAUUUUUCGGACGAUAAUGAUAAUACAGAUCAUUACAGUUCAAGAGGGACAUUUGGAGAAUCAGUAAAUAGAGAAUUUCUUCAUUUAAAACUUUUACUUAAAAAGAAUUUAAUAGUAGCAUCAAGAUCAUUGGUUUCUACAGCCAUCGAAAUAUUAUCACCAAUUGUAUUUGUUUUAAUUUUAUUAGGUAUAUCAAAAAUUAAUAAUAAUACAAAUCCAACAAUUACAUACGAUCAACAAUUACCAAUAUGCAAACCAUAUUCAGAAAAUAGAUGUUUUAAUUUAAUGUUUGCACCAAUAAAUUCAACAGCGACUAUCGAGAUUAUGAAGAUUUUAGGUGAGACUAAUAAUCCAGCAAUACCAUUAUAUUUUUAUCCAAAUGAUACAAACGUGUUACCAGAUUUAAAUAAAACUAUUGGUUUAUCUUCAGGUAUUAUUGGUAUGGAAAGUGAUGAUGAAAUUUUCGAGUUUACUCUCUCACAUCCAAAUAUUACAAUUGGUGGUGUUUCAUUUACAUCAUUCCCAGAAAAUUUUACAGUUAAUGGCCAAGUCCCAAAUGAUUCAUUGAUUACACCCAAUCAAAACGAGCUAUCAUAUAAUGUUAUAGUAAAUACAACCUGUCCAUUACUUUUUGCUAGCUGUCCAGAUUAUACCAUUCCAAUUAAUAAUGCAAUUCAACGUGCAAUUACAAUUUAUUAUUCAAGAUUAAAAAAUAAUCAAAAUCAAGCAAUUAAAUCUAAUAACACCAACAAUAUUUUCGAUUACACAAGUAACAACUAUCCAUUGUAUCCAGUUCCAGAAACCCUUGCUCAGCAAUUUGGUGGCUUAUUUUAUUACUGUGGUUCAAUGAUUACUUUUAUUUUCCUCCUCUACAAAGUUUCAUUCGAAAAAGAACACAAGUUAAAAGUUGGUAUGACUAUGAUGGGUCUUAGUGGUCCAAUGUAUUGGGUAUCCUGGUUUAUAAAUUGCUUAAUUAUCGAUUUACUUAUCACUCUUAUCACAUUAGCCAUCGGUGCAGCUUCUCAAAUCAAUUUCUUUUUGGGAACCAACUUUUUCGUUCUCUUCUUCACUUUUUAUCUCUUUACCAUUUCAAUGAGUGCUGUUGGCUUUUUCCUUUUAACAUUUAUUCAAUCUACUAAAACUGCAAUCGGUAUUGGUAUGGGUAUUUUUAUUGUUGGUUCAAUUUUCCAACUUAUCUUUAGUUCAAUGGGUAGCUUUAUUUUCCAAUUAAUAUACGAAACCGAUAAUUCACCAGCAUUAGCCGCAAGAAUUAUUCUUUUCGUCCUACCAAUGUUCCACUUUACCAAAAUUUUAACUGAUAUCGGUAAUAUCACCAAGAACUAUCCAUCUUCGCACUUCACAUGGAGUGAAUUAAACACAAAUUUAAAUUCACAAUACCUGGGCACAGUCAUUCCAACCACAGGUCAAUCUCUAGGCUAUUUAAUGGUUCUUCUCGUAGCUUAUAUUAUUUUAGCUUGGUACUUUGAACAUGUUAUUCCAGGUAAUGAUGGCACAUCCCAACCACCAUACUUUUUCCUUCUUCCAAGCUAUUGGGGCUUUACUUUAAAAAAAGUUAAACACAUUCCAAUUCCACACUUUGAGGAUGAGGAUGUUAGACAAGCCACAGAAAAAGCUCACGACCCAAAUAAUCCAGCUCCAGUUAUUAUUCGUGGUCUCUCAAAAACAUAUACCAAACCUUUAAGACCAAAGAAAACUGUUCAUGCUGUAAAAUUUUUAUCUCUUUCAAUCGAACAAGGUAGCAUUUUAUGUUUAUUAGGCAGCAAUGGUGCUGGUAAGACCACAACCAUUUCAAUGCUUACUGGUUUAACUGAACCAUCAUCUGGUGAUGCACUUAUCUAUGGUAACAGUGUAGUUAGUAAUAUCAAUGCUGUACGUAAAAUCACCUCAGUAGUACCACAACAUGAUAUUCUUUGGAACGAACUAAGUGCAAAAGAGCAUUUAGAACUAUUCGCUGAGCUCAAAGGAAUUCCAAAACAUCAAAGAGAAAAUUCAAUUAGAGCAGCACUCGACCAAGUUAAACUCACAAAAGUUGCAGACAAUAGAAUUUCAACUUAUUCAGGUGGUAUGAAAAGAAGACUUUCCGUUGCAAUCGCCUGUAUUGGUGACCCAAAGAUUUUGUUUUGUGACGAACCAACUACAGGUAUGGAUCCAGCAUCAAGAAGACACAUUUGGAACCUAUUAAAGAAUAUUAAAAAGGAUAAAGUUAUUAUUUUAACAUCUCAUUUUAUGGAUGAAUGUGAAAUUCUUGGGGAUAGGGUUGUUAUAAUGUCAAAUGGUUAUAUGGCAUGUAAUGGUAAUUCAUUACAAUUAAAAGCUAAAUUUGGAGAGGGUUAUUCAGUUAAUCUAGUUGCCAAAAGUCAAGAGAGUGUUCCAUUUUUAGUGGAUUUUGUUCUCAAAUCAAUUCCAAACUCUAAAUUCUUACGUCAAAGUGCUCUCUUGUUAAAUUUCGGUUUCCCAUUAGAAACAGACUCAAAUAUAGUUUAUAAUUUCUUUGGUCAGUUAGAAAAAAUGGUUCAAGAUGAAAAUAAUAAGGUUUUAAGAGAUUGGGAAAUAUCUCAUUCAAACUUAAAUGAUGUAUUCUUAAAAGUAGCUCAUUUAUCAAAACAAAAAAAUCAAUAA